AUGAAUCCAUUAAUUAUCAUCUUUAUUUUGUGUAUCCUUGUAUCAUCCGUUUUUGCCAAUAUGUCUUGCAACAACCAAUAUGUCUAUGUCAACAACACCAACACAUUGUCAUCAUCUGUUUCAUUGUUUGACCAUGUUGAACAACAAUCAAUUAUCAUCCAAAAUAAAAAUAUUUCUUUGUCUAUGAUGAUGCAUCAUCAAUCAUCAGUUUCAUUAUCAUCAUCUUAUCAUUUCGAAAAUCCAAUCAUUCUUAUCAAAAACAAAAACAACAAAAACAACAACAACAAUAAUAUUAAUAAUAAUAAUAACAAUAUCGAUUCAUCUAUUUCAACCCAAUUUAAUUCAAAUCAAUGUCAUUUAACAUCAAACCAUACUUUUAUUCCUGUCUAUAACAAAAACAACAACAACAACAAUAAUAAUUUAUAUUCAUUAAUGUCAAUUCCUUUUAAUGCUUUGCCAAUUAGUUUUCCAUCCUUUUCACACAAUAUUCACUUUAACUCAAGCCAUGUUUUGUUUAUCUCAAAUCAUUCAACAACCAAAAACCAUAUUAUUUUAGAAGAAGAGGAGGACUUCAACAGCAGUCCAAUUUCAAUCUCGUGUUUCAAUGUUAACCAUCAAUCAAAUCUCAUCAACAAUCAUAGUUCAUUUUCAUUUACCUUAGAGGAGGAAGAGGACUUUGUUCAAUUGAACAACAACAACAAAAAAAACAACAACACAACCACAUUCUCAUUGUUCAACCAUGUUGAACAUCAUUCAAUUAAUAAUAAUAACAAUAAUUUAUCUUUUAAUUCAAUUCAUUUUAAUUUAAAUGUUUUGUCUCAUUUUCAAUUACCCUUAAACUCUAGUGAUGUUUUGUUUCAUUGUCAAUCACCAAAUCAUUCAACAACCACCAACAAUAUUAUUUUAGAUCAGGAGAGGGAGUCUGAGUCUGUUCAAUUGAACAGCAGCAGUACAAUCUCAGUUUCAUAUUUCAACCAUUCAAUUCCCAUAGAUAAUAAUAUUUCAUUCUUCAAUGGCCAUCAAUCAUUGAUUCCAUGUUUUAAAUCUAGUGAUUUUUUUACUCAUUCAACAACCAACAACCACAUUCUUGUAGACAAGGAGGAGGAGUUUGUUCAAUUGAACAACAACAGAACACAUUCAUUAACAUGUUUAGACCAUGUUAAACAUCAAUCAAUUCCAAUUAAUAAUCAAUCAAAUAAUAAUAAUAAUAAUAACUAUUUUUCAUCAUUAUUGAUUUCACCUAUUCCAUUUUCAUCUGAUUAUUUUAUCUCUUCAAACACAUCCAUAAAUAUAAUAUAUUUAUUUUCAAAUACAAUCAAUUCAACCAGAUCAAAGACAAGCCCAUUUUCAAGAUACUCCAGCAACAUCUCAAGAAUAGAAAGCAACAACGCGCAACAAUCAUCAUCAUCACCAAUCAAUCGUGAUACAAUCCUCACCACAAUCCACAUUCAAAAAUCAACUCACAAUCAAUAUUCACAAAUCAUUCCACCAUCUUCAAAUAAUAAUAAUAAUAACAACAAAAAUAACCCCAACGAAUCAGCCUCACUUAUUCACUCAUUGAACAUGUACAUUUCAUUUAAUUCACCUGAUGUUUCGACCAAUUGUCGAUCAUCACCAUUACUCUUUAAUCAUUUUCACAACCACCAUUUUCUUUUAGCAGAAGAAGAAGAGCAGAGGGAGGUGUCAUUAAACAACAACAACAACACAAUCCCAAUCUCAUUGUUCAACCAUGUUGAUUCAAUUCAUAAUAAUAAUAAUAAUAAUAAUAAUAAUAAUAAUAAUAAUAAUAAUAGUAUUUCUUUCCAUCAAUCAACCAUUUUAUUUUAUAAUUCAAGUGAUACUCAAUGUCAAUCAAAUCAUUCAUUCAUUCCUGACAACAAUGAUAAUUAUUUAUUUUUUAAUUCAUCCACAGUUAAUAUUUUAACUCAUUGCCAAUCAAACAAUCUCGCAGUCGUCACCAAUCCAUCCACCCUCCACAUUCAUCUCCAAUUGACCCACAAUCCUCAAACCAUUGGACAAUCUUCUAACAAUAACAAAAAUACAAAUACAAAUCAUAACAACACAAGACCAACAAAUAAUAAUAACAACUCCAAUUAUUCCUCUUCCACACACAGACAACCCAUUCAUUGUUCACCAACCACCAAUAAUAAUCGUAAAACUAUUACAAUCUUUGCCAAUCACUUCAAUCCACAGUCAUUAAAAAAUACAAAUAAUACAAACAAUAUCUACAUUAAAUUAAAAAAUACUAAUAACAACGCCAACACCAACAACAACUCAUCAUCAUCAUCAUCAUUCUCAUGUUUCAACCAUGUUGAAACAUUCAUCUCAACCAACAAUCAAACAAAAAAUAUUAAUAAUAAUAACAAUACCAAUAAUAACAAAAAUAAUAACAAGAAUAAUAACAAGAAUAAUAAUAACAAAAAUACAAAAACAAAUAACAACAUCAAUAACUCAAGAUCAACAAAUAAUAAUAAUAACAACAACAAUUAUUCCUCUUACAUAGACAAACAACCCCCUCAUUAUUCACCAACAAAUAACAACAUUCCAAUUACAACAAAGAAUAUUCAUAAUAAUAUUACAAUCUUUACCAAUCACUCCAAUCCACGAUCUUCAUUCACCAAUCAAUCAUUCGUUCAUCACCAAUCCUCUAGUCAGUCGCCCGUCCCAAAUCCAGUGAUCAAGAGUACCAGUUUCCAAGCAACAAUCACCACCAUUCGUACACUAAUCAUUAUUCUCAUCAACUCUUUUGUGGCUUCCCUCCUCUUCCUACUCUUUUCUUUUUAUACAUUGUCCGUUGCCAUCGUCCGUGUCCGUUGUCCAGUCCAUCAUCGUCCAUCCAUGUUCCACGUCUCCCUAGGCUUUUAUACCCCAAAAAAGAUAUUCAAUUACUUUUACCCAAGUGGUUUCCUUUACAAAAAGAUAUUCAAUUACUUUUACCCAGAGGGUUUCCCAGGUUCGCCCCCGUUUAUUUUAGAGACACCACCAAUGUACUAUAGAUUGUGGAUUGUAGAUAGUGGAUCCUAUGUCUACCAUCCUCCACCAUCAUUUACCAUCUAUCAAUCAUCCAUCUAUUGUCUAUCUAUCUACUAUCCAUGGUAG